AUGUGGCUGAGCGUUCAACAGUUAUGGGAAUGGAUCAUCAAGUUCUCACUUCACUUAUUUUACACAUUUAAGAGUACUUCACGUUGGGUGUCAGAAACAAAAUCAAUAGAACUUUCCCUGGAAAAAUAUGGUGUUAAAUCGCUAAGUGAAUCAUUCUCUGAGCCCUCAAUCUUUGUGACGGACUGCUCCACAGAUAUUGCAAACACGAUGCUGAUGACAGAAAAAACGUCCUAUCUGUCUAUUUAUACAUUAGCUGCUGUUUUUUCAGUAUUUAUACAUUGCGUUUUUCUGUACAAAGUGAAUAAAGGUAAUGCUAAUAGGAUCUCAAGGCUUCAGUACGAUUAUCAAAUACCAUUAGUUAUAAGUGGAGAAAUCUUGCGAUGGGAAUUGGCACGACACGAAACUAAGGUCAAGUAUAUCAGCUGUAAUCACAACCAGAGGUUCCGUUCUUUAUCACCUUUUAGUGAAAGUGAUGAUGAUCCAUGUCUUGACUGGCGCUGUGAAAGCUCUGUCACUUCUCAAACUGAUAUUUCGAUGCUGCAGGGCAACUCUGUUAGAUUUAAAAGAACCACAAACACAGGAUUUUUACAAGAUGAUUUCACAACACUCCGCUCCUCAGCUAUUUCUCUUCUCCUAUGGGAUACUAAUUAG